AUGGCUAACGUUAACUGUAUGGACUUUCACACUCAGAUAGCCUCCAUCAUGGAGGUUCUAGCGAAUGCAGCCGUGGCAGAGAUCUGUAAAGUCGUAGACGACGACUAUGCAGUGUUUCGUUUGGAAAUAACUCAAAGCCAGAAAGAAAACAGGGUAUUGCGGAGGAAGCUACAGCUACUGGAAAUGAAGGUGGCACGUGAGCGCGCAGAGAGAAUAGUGCGAGAGUGCGCACUCGCCAGUCGUCCCAGUAGUGUCAGGAUCCUCGACCGAUACAGAGGAAUGGCAAGAGGUGAAGGACAUCUAACUGGAGGCCACAAGAGCUUUGUGAAGCCAGCUGGACACAAUACAUGUAGAGAUGACCAACCAAUCACAAUUGAUGAGGGGAGUAGAACCUCAACCCAGCACGUUAUCAUGAUAGAGUCUGCAGAUACAGGUCCUGGGGUCAAGCUGGAGAGGUCUGAAGGAGAGGAGGACCCACGGCAAAGCAGAGACAUUCAGACUGAAAUGGCUGGAGUGCCCCCUGUAGCCAUGCAGGACCCCACGACAGUCCCAGUGCAGCCCAGAACCCGACACAGCAUCACGGAGGUCAGUGGACCGCUGAACACCGUCCUCAAAACAGAGACAGAUACCAAUACUUUAACUGUAACACACAGGCUGUUACACACAGGAUCUGACCACAGAUCAGACCCAGAGAGACUGGAGCCACUGGGCUGUCCUCCUGCUUCUGGCUCAGAGUAUUUACCGAUAUUUCGGCAGAGGACAGUUCAUUCCUUUGGGGAUGGUAACGCGUUAGACACUGGCGAUAAUGAUCCGUCUUGUUCUUACGCUACAGAGAUGGACCCUGGCAACAUGCCCUUGGUUUUAGAGACACAGACUGAUCUGUCAAGAGGGGACUGGAACCGGCACAGUAGUAGUGGAUACUCUGAAGGGUGCCUAGAUAAGAAAGGGGAGGGUCUGGUCGUAGAUGAAGUGGAGGGUGACGUUCCUCCCACAUGGAAUGCAGCUAAUCACCUAGGAGACGGACACUCACGGGGCAGAGAUUUCUUAGAUUACAGGAAAAGCUUAGAGACAAAUCCAGAUGUCAUUACCCACUCCCCUUUACAUAUGCUCGGGGAUCGCGACCCAGUGUCCACGUCGAUGGGGCCUUCCGAUUCAAAUGGCCAUGUCCAUUUCAAUCAGGCUCAGGGAGGGGGAGCCACAUCAGGCAACAGUAAAGAGAAACGGUUCCUCUGCAUGUUCUGUAACAAAGGAUUCAGCUGCCUCCAGAAGGUGGAGAUCCACCAGAGGGUCCACACAGGGGAGAAACCCUUCAGUUGUACUCAGUGUCAUAUGCGCUUCACCCAGGCUGGCCACCUGAAGAGACACCAGAUGGUCCACACAGGGGAAAAACCCUACAGCUGUACCCAGUGUCACAUGCGUUUCGCCCAGGCUGGUGACCUGAAGAGGCACCAGAGGGGUCACACAGGGGAGAAACCCUACAGCUGCCCCCUUUGUGAGAAUAGGUUCUCAGAGAGGACCUACCUCAGGAUACACCAGCAGAAAAAACAUUCCACUCAAUAGAAAAUAACCAUUCCACUUGAUAGCUUCUGACUUGAGAUCAAACCCUUCACUAAAGACAAGGAUUCAUUUUUAUUUUUGUCAGCAGAAAAGACCUACAGAUGCAUUUGGAAUAGCAAGAUUAACAGAUUUCAGUGUUGAAUUUUCCUGGGUAGAAUAUUGCAUCCAGGGGCCUCCCUGGCGCAGUGGUUAAGGGUGCUGUACUGCAGCGCCAGCUGUGCCAUCAGAGUCCCUGGGUUCAGUGCGCGCUGGCCAAGGUUGCCAGGUGCACGGUGUACCCUCCGGCACAUUGGUGCGGCUGGCUUCCGGGUUGGAUGCGCGCUGUGUUAAGAAGCAGUACGGCUGGUUGGGUUGUGUAUCGGAGGACGCAUGACUUUCAUGUCUCUCCCGAGCCCGUACGGGAGUUGUAGCGAUGAGACACGAUAGUAGCUACUACAACAAUUGGAUACCACGAAAUUGGGGAGAAAAGGGGGUAAAAUAAAAAAAAUUAAAAAAAAAAAUAAUAUAUAUAUAUUGCAUCCAAGCAUUGUGUGAUAUGUAAAGGCACAGUUGAAGUCGGAAGUUAACAUACACUAAGUUUGGAGUCAUUAACACUCGUUUUUCAACCACUCCACAAAUUUCUUGUUAACAAACAAUAGUUUUGGCAAGUCGGUUAGGACAUCUACUUUGUGCAUGACACAAGUCAUUUUUCCAACAAUUGUUUACAGACAGAUUAUUUAACAUAUAAUUCACUGUAUCAUAAUUCAGGUGCGUCAGAAGUUUACAUACACUAAGUUGACUGUAUCUUUAAACGUCUUGGAAAAUUCCCAAAAAUUAUGUCAUGGCUAUAGAAGCUUCUGAUAGGCUAAAUGACAUCAUUUGAGUCAAUUGGAGGUGUACCUGUGGAUGUAUUUCAAGGCCUACCUUCAAACUCAGUGCCUCUUGCUUGACAUCAUGGGAAAAUCAAAAUAUAUCAGCCAAGACCUCAGAAAAUAAUUGUAGACCUCCACAAGUCUGGUUCAUCCUUGGAAGGAAUUUCCAAAUGCCUGAAGGUACCACGUUUAUCUGUACAAACAAUAGUACGCAAGUAUAAACACCAUAGGACCACGCAGCCAUCAUACCGCUCAGGGAGGAGACCAAAAUUCAAAAUUCACCCAACUUAUUGUGGGAAGCUUGUGGAAGGCUACCCGAAACGUUUGACCCAAGUUAAACAAUUUAAAGGCAAUGCUUCCAAAUACUAAUUGAGUGUAUGUAAACUACUGACCCACUGGGAAUGUGAUGAAAGAAAUAAAAGCUGAAAUAAAUCGUUCUCUCUACUAUUGUUCUGACAUUUCACAUUCUUAAAAUAAAGUGGUGAUCCUACCUGACCUAAAACAGGGAAUUUUUACUAGGAUUAAAUGUCAGGAAUUGUGAAAAACUGACUAUAAAUGUAUUUGGCUAAGGUGUAUGUACACUUCCAACUUCAACUGUAUAAGUCUAAAAGUCUGUUACAUAUUGUGUUUGUACUGUGCUGGGCAAUUGGCGGCAAUUGCUUUAAAAAUACAACAUUUUCUCUACGCCCAAUGGCAAAAUGUGUAGAAUUGCAGGAAAUUUUGCAAGUACAUUCAAUUUUCACGUGUUCCAUCGCAAAAGAACAUAAACAAAUCUCACAAGUAUCAGACACCGCAAGCUCCCAGCUACUAUCUAAUCAACGCUGUAUUGACAUUGUCCCACCCCUGGUUAGUCACUAUAAAGCCAAAUUUAACACUCUUCCAAUACAUUUUCAGCAAUAUUGCCUCUGUCUUUCUGCAGGCAUUUGUCUAUCACUCUGUGUGUAGCCAGUUGAUGUGAUAACUGUCUUUUGAGUUUCCCCAAAACCUUUUCAAUUAAAUAUGAACUGUUUGUAUCUAUUAUUUGUUAUUUGCUAACUUAGCCAUGAAAUGAGCAGCAGCAGUACAGAACCAUCGCUAGACGCAUAAUUAAAGGGCCAGAUGCGCAAUUAAAGGGGAAUAUUUUUUGGGUAUUCUUCUAGGCAGACCAAAAACACUAUUUUUUGGGGGAAAUCUGAUUUUAGAGGGCCCCCCUAGUUGUUUAUUAACCAUGACUUUACCAGGUAUAUUGACAGAAAACACAACUUUCUCUUGUACAAUAAGGACCCAGGGAAGAGUUGCAGGGGAGAGAAGAAUGUGCCUAUUUGAAAGCUAGGAAAUAAUAGUAGCUUGAGAGAUGAAUGUGGUUUUCAUAUGGAGUAUUUGAAACUUGUUUCUGUUUAAUAAAGACAACAUGGGAUUUUCA